AUGAACGAAAAGCAGCCUGUAAGGCUAGUUACACGGUCGAUCGUUCCAGAAGCGAGAGACGAACUCGGGGAAGAUUGCGAUCCAGCCCUCGGAGAGUCGGCUUGCAACGACCCGAACGCAGAGUGCGUCGGACCCGACGGCUUCACGACAUGCGAUUGCAUCGCCGGACACGUAAACGAAGGAGGAACGUGCAAGGUGCCAGAAGGAGGAUGGUGCAUAAUGGCUGAAGAAUGUGUGAGCAACGCCGAUUGCGACGAACACAUGUGCACGUGCAACCCGGGAUACAUCCCGGAUGGCAGCGGUCAAUGCAGAAGGCAAGGAGCACUCGACGAAGACUGCGACCCACUCAUGGGAGCCUUGGCGUGCACGGACCCAAACGCGGAAUGCGUGGAUGCCGGGGCAGGCUUCACAACCUGCCAGUGCAAAGCUGGAUACGUGAACGACGCUGGGAUUUGCAGUGAGUUCCCCGUGUUUCAGUCUCGAAUCCUUGUUGGGUUGGAGUCCUUGCUCCUUGUGACGGAAACCAGCAUGGUAUUCAGGAAAGAUUUUGAAAGGCAAGGUGCUCUCGAUGAAGAAUGUGACCCACUCAUGGGAGCCUUGGCUUGCUUGGACCCAAACGCGGAAUGCAUCGAAGCCGGAACAGGUUUCUCGACCUGUCAGUGCAAAGCAGGACACGUGAACGACGCUGGGAUUUGCAAAACCCUGCUGAUCCUUGUGAUCAAAACCAGCAAGAUGUUCAGCAAAUAUUUUGGUCAACUUGUCCUUCGAAUGAACCUCAGAGAAUUUCGAUGUGAAACAUUCGGGUUGGCCAUGAUCAGACCUUUCGGAUUUCUUUGGACGCUGGAAAAGUAA